GUGUGGAAGGAUGAGGCAUUUGAAAUCUGGACCAGAGGAUGGGCUUGUUUGUUCCCUGAGGCUGAUCCAUCAAGGGCACUAUUGGAGGAGGUUCAAAGAAGUUACUACUUAGUCAGCCUUGUUGACAAUGAUUUCAUCCAUGGUGAUGUGUUUGCUGCAUUCAAAGACAUCUAAGGUUGCUCUCCAACUUGAGAGCCUUAUGCUCUUUCUACCUCCGUAAUUCUUAUCCCCGAGCUGACAAAAGCUGCGAAAUUGGGAUGUUAUGUUGUAUUCUUUUCCUUCUUUUUCUGCUAUAUUUGUUUACAUUUAUGACUGCAUGGAUUUUAUUAUAUUGCGUAAACUAUAUUACAGGAGAUGAUGCUUUUUAUACGCCAAAAGAUAGAGCUGUAAUAAAGCUUGUUUAGUAGUUUGUGGAAUAAUAUAAAUUGUCAGAAAUAAUGUAUUUGAUAGAUUUUA